AUGGCGGCCCCGACCCAUAACCACGCGAAUUAUCAAGCCCGGCUUGAUUUCAUACAGCACUUGCUGCACGACCGACUGGAGCUCAAGGUAAGCCUGGAAGAUGCUGAGAUCACUCCCAUCCAAUACGACCCCGAGAGCCCCUUCAAGUACAACAACUUUGUGUAUCGCAUCUCUCUACCUUCACCUAUCCCCUCGGAAAAACCGGCCAGCGAUGAGCCUCGACAGGCCGGAUGCGCCACCAUUCCCGCCGGCACUAAGAGUCUAAUUCUGCGCCUGACUAACCCCAAUGCCGAAGGCAUGAAUCCAAAAACGCGUAUCGAAAAUGAAGUAGCAAUCAUCACUCUCGCCUCGGCGGCUCUUCGUGACUUCCAGCCACACGUGGUACCCUCCAUCUAUGCCUGGGGCAGUGCAGCGACCUCCUCGUCGCAGGGUUGGAUUCUCCAGGAGCUGAUGCCCGGCACGCCCGUCGACGAAGCCUUCGACACGCUGGACCUCCCGCAGAAGCAGCAAAUCUUCGCUCAGAUGGCCCAGCUGCUGAAGGCCUUGCAAGACUACAAGCUUCCAGAGAGCAUCACUGGAUUUGGCGGCGUGACCUUUGACGAGACUGGUCGCAUUGUGAGCACAGCCAUGACGAGUGUCGGCCUCGGACCGUGGCCCUCGUACGAAGCCUCUUUCAAAGACCGCCUAGAGCUCGCUCUCCGGAAAGCAGACGUAAACCCCUACAUCCAGGGCUGGCGUGCCAACAGCGUUCGAGACCGUCUUGAUCGCUUUGUCGAGCGCGGUGUGCCGGCGCAGGUCAUCGUACAUGCUGACUUUACCGCCAAUAAUCUCCUAUUCGAUGCGACGUCAGGACGCAUUACGGCACUAAUUGACUACGAUUUUGCAUGCAUUUUACAUCCGUCGUACGAGUUCUUGCGCUCUUUUGACGGCGCUGGUGGCCAGUUUCGAGGCUGGUCUGGCGAUGAGGCGAGCGAGCAGACGGUAUUGAGGGAAGCAAAGCUUCGGGGCUUUCCGUCGCCGCUCCCGCCAAUGGUCAAGAGCGGUGUCAAACGGCCCAGCACGAUUGAGGGAAUCGACAGCGUGGCCGAUGUCGACACUAUCCUCCGCUCGACUUUGCCGUGGCGGGUGACUAAUUCUGAUAUCCUGCGGCUGCAGACCGAGGAAGUUAUAGUGAAGUGCAGAGACAAGAACGAAGAGCAGUUGAUCACGCUACUUAGUCGUUUGGGGUUCUAAGUGGAUUCGGAGAUGUUAUUGGACUGAAGCAAUUUGGACGUGGAAUGGAUAGAGGAACUCAGAAAGCAUUGGACUGAAACUAAAUUUCUACAGGAAAAGCUAGGUAUACCGUUCAUGCUAUAUCGUUCAAAUCUCAAUAUACCGUUACGUUCAAAGCUCUCUCAUACAAGAACGGUAUAUCGAGCGGAUAUCGGCCGAAUAUUAGUGCUAAGAAGCCCGAUUGUUAAGGUGAUUUUGGGGGAAUCUAGGGCCCGGGCGGGCCCUCCACCUCCAAUUCCUCUUAACCUCCUAACUUCCUAACAACACCUUCUAGAAGACCUUAGUGCUCGGACUACUGCUUACUCUUUUGCCGAUAAAGGUCUACCAGGGGCUAGCUACUUUUUAAGAAAUC